UUACCGCAUAAAAAGCUUUUCCUGGUCUGGAAAUGGUGACCAUGUGAAGGGUGUCGGAGAACAAGCCUUGGGCCCCGCCUCAAUCCUGCGUCAUAACCAUCCCCGCAGAGAGAAUCAAUCAGAAUCAAACAAAUUACGUUCCUCUAUGCUUCUUUAAGAAAAUGACAAGACGGCUACUGUCUCACAGUCAAGAGCCUCGCGCACUUACACAUCCUGCUCCAUAAUCACACUUGCAAGUUACCCGUCUCUCUCUCUCUCUCUCUCGGUCUAGUAGUCUACAGCGUUCCCGGUUGCAGUCCACACGUACGGUCUCAGACUCGCAUUGGCUGCUUGCUAUCCAUUUCUCGCUCGUAUCCUUACAGCUUUACUCUUUUUUAAGAGCCGCAGCUGCAUAACUUUUCAGUUUGCUCACCCCUAGUACUGAUCAACCAAGUUUAUCUCAUCUUCUGCUUGAGAGAGAUCCCCGAUCCCAUGGAGUUGAGCACAUUUCGCGACUGCUCUUCGCUAAUACUACUUUUUAUCUCAGGAAUUUUGUUGUUUCCUGUAAUGGUUGCUUCAAUUGGGAUAAACUACGGCCAAAUAGCGAACAAUCUACCUUCGCCAGAGAGCGUGGUACCUCUUGUCAAAACCAUCGGUGCCACUAAGGUGAAGCUCUACGACGCAGAUCCACGAGUGCUCAAAGCAUUCGCCAACACCGGCGUGGAAUUCGUUGUCGGGCUGGGAAACGAGUACUUGGCGAAGAUGAAGGACCCAGAAAAUGCCCAAGCCUGGGUCAAGACCAACGUCCAGGCCUACCUUCCGGCAACGAAAAUCACCUCCAUCUUCGUUGGCAACGAAGUUUUAACCUUCAACGACACCGCUCUCGCAGGUUGUCUCCUACCGGCAAUGCAGAACGUGCACACGGCGCUCGUGAAUCUUGGGUUAGACAAGCAGGUGGCUGUGACCACCGCUCACUCCCUGGCCAUUCUCGAAACCUCGUACCCACCUUCGGCCGGGGCUUUUCGCCGCGAUCUGUCGGGCUGUAUCACCCAGAUUUUGAGCUUCCACGCCAAGACGGGCUCGCCAUUCUUAAUCAACGCGUACCCUUACUUCGCGUACAAGGCGAGCCCGAAGCAUGUCACGCUGGACUUCGUUCUCUUCCAGCCGAACCCAGGGGUCGUAGACCCUGUUACGAACCUCCGCUACGACAACAUGCUGUUCGCGCAGAUCGACGCCGUGUACGCCGCACUCGCUUCAGCUGGCUACAAGAAGCUGCCGGUUCACAUCUCCGAGACGGGUUGGCCGUCGAGAGGGGACGAGGACGAGGUCGGCGCGACCCCGGAGAACGCCAAGAAGUACAACGGGAAUCUGUUUAAGCUGAUGAAGAAGAAGGGUACGCCGAUGAGACCGAGCUCGGACCUGAACAUCUACGUCUUUGCUUUGUUCAACGAGAACAUGAAGCCCGGACCGACUUCGGAGAGGAAUUACGGGCUGUUCAAGCCGGACGGGACUCCCGCGUACGCCCUUUGCAUUGCCACAAACGACGGCGUUAGUAACACUACGAACUUCGGGGGCUCUACUCCUGGCGGCUCUACUCCUAACAGCUCUACUCCUGGCAGCUCUGAUACUCCCCUGACGCCGCCCACUGGUUAUUUGUCCAUUACCUCUGCUGCUCCGGAGAGGUACCAAUCUAUGGCUGCUCCAGCAUUCCUUUUCUUCUUCAUGUCUAUGAUGAUGAUGAUGAUGGGAUUGGUCCACCAUUAAAGAUGGGAGAGCUAAGCGUUCAAACUUUUACCAGCCUCCAAGUGAAAAAAAAACUGCAAUCAAAAGAGAAAAAAGAGGCUACUAUGCUGUGUACAUUACUAUGUUCUGGGAGUCAAUUAUAUUCAUCAAACCAAACUAAUGGGACCCUUUACCCCAUCUAUGCGUUCUCUUUCAUUUGAUUAAUAAUUGCUGGUGUGGCAUGUAGGGUUUUAUUGAGGAUUGAAGUUGGAUGAUUUGGUGCUUGUUCAUACAUAUUUUCUCACUUUCCAGUUGGCAACGAACAGUAAAUAUUUCUCACCGGUUUUAAGAAUGGGUAUGUGAAAGAUUGGGGAGAUUCUUGGCUUGAUAUGUUUGUUGUGGCUCCUCUUUCAGCUGUUAAGGGGAAUAUUACUGUUAUUACUGAAGAGGAUCUUCAAUUUUUUUAAAAUCUGAGUAUAUUAGCAUAAUUUAUGAUGUAAAGUUACAUGGUGAGGAGAUAGAUGCUCUAUAGCAUAACAAACCCUCGUGAAUCUAUAGAAUAUGCUAUUAUGAUUUGU